AUGUAUCAUAAUUUCACGUUAUUUAGAGCGAUACCAGUGAACGAGGAGCAGGUGAAAUUCUUACAAAAUCUACCUGAAGUGUAUGACGCCCAAAUAUGGAAGCCUUCUAGUUUGAUUUUAAGAUCUGUCGAUUUUACGAUAUCGCCGGAAGAUAAAUCUGAUUUUUUAAAAGAAGCCAACAAAACCCAAAUGUACCUUACAACAAUAAGUUCAAAUGUACAACAGUUGUUUAACCAACAAACAGUUAAGACUUAUAUCAGGCGUCAAAUGUCUACAUACGAUUGGCGUAAUUACUAUCGUGUUAACGAUAUCUACAAUUGGUUGAAAGAUCUAUCUUACACAUAUCAAAAGAUAAUGAAAUUGAUAAAAAUUGGGACCACAGUGGAAAAUCGUACAAUAUUUGCCGUUAGAAUUUCCCACGAUUUGUAUGAUAAGUCUUUUAAGAGAUCAACAGUUAUUGUUGAAGGUGGUAUUCACGCGAGAGAAUGGAUAUCUGUGGCGUUCGUCACUUAUUUUUUACAUAAAGUUCUGAACGCCCCGUCCGAUACAGACGAAGAGUUCCAACGUAUAGCUUUCGCUUAUGACUGGGUGUUUGUACCACUGUUGUAUCCUGAUGGUUAUGAGUAUACCCAUACACAGGAUCGCUUAUGGCGGAAGAAUUGCAACAUGGACGGUGUGGAUUUAAACAGAAAUUUCGAUGUAGGAUUUGGAAGUGUCGGAGUCAGCGAAAUAAAAUCGUCAGAAAUAUACUGCGGACCGAGAGCGUUUUCUGAAAAAGAGUCGAGUGCGAUGCGAUCGCUUUUAGACAAGUUUAAAGGGAAAAUAACACAUUACGUCGCGUUCCACGCUUACGGCCAGUACAUGAUAAUACCGUAUGCUCACAUAAAAGAACAUGUUGAGAACUAUGACGACAUUUUUCAUUUGGGAAAACAAAUGGCGUCACGAAUAAAAAGGAGAUACGGUACAGAGUAUGUUGUUGGUACUGCUUAUGAUACUGUUGGUUAUAUGACUUCAGGCGUGAGUGGUUGUUGGGCAAAAAGGCAUCACAAUAUACCGUGA